UGCAAGUACCGGAGCUGCGACUGUGAAGUCACUGUACUUUCCCUCAAUUCUUGAGGUGCAGUGUCCAUAAUACUUAUGCCUCAGGCCCAGAUCUGACGAUGGAUUACAUACUUUCGAUAAGUUUGACAAUACGAAGCAGACAGACCGCUCGCAUCGGACUAUCAGCGCUGUUACUUCGGCCACUCACACUCAACAAUGUCAAGGAACACUGUUAGCUUUAGUUUCGCAAGCUCCAGAUCCACAAGCAACGAGUCCUCGUCGGAAGACACGUGGAGCUCGUUCUUGCUAUGGGACGUUGAUCGCGAGUUCCAGCAUGCGCACGAGGCAUACGAGCGAUGGAUGACGAAGAACCAGCGAAAACGAUCGACCUGGGAGUGCAUUUCUGGGAGUAGUAAAGAGGAUCCCCUGGAUCGAUCGUUACGCUUGGGAAGCCGAGUCCAGAGGGCCAUCCAGGACGGCCAGCGCAAAUUUGGUCAGAAGUUCGACAAAGGAGAUGCAACCUGCCAUACCACUCUGUCCGCACAGCUUCUCCGCCUUCAGCAAGAAGUCUGCGUGCCUCUGUUGGAUGCGACUUCCUCUCGCUGGCUGUGCCCGAUACCGUAUGACGAGAUUCUUCGCGCGGCAAGAGGGGUCCGUCGCGCCUGCUUCGACGCGCUCCAAGAUCAAAUGACGCGUCUCUCGACGCGUAGAAUAGAGCCGUUCCUGCCGCCUCCGCGUUUCUCGGUCACAUUCUGCCCUUUUGCCCUACAGCUCCAGACCGAGCAACAGACCAGCAAUAGCACCAAACAUCACACACGAAAAUUGAAUCUUCGGGAUCGCUACGAUGACCGCGAGUCGUGUCCCCACUGUCACGCGAUCGUCUCUGUCGCCGCGCACUCGGGCCUGCCGCAAUACCGCUGCAUACUCUUCGCGUCGCAUGCACUGUCGCAGACCCAGAGACACGACGAGCGAGCAACGUUCGCGUGUACCAGCUGCUACAAGACCUUUGACGACUCGUAUGCGUUUCUGGAUCACGUGUUCCAAAAGGAGCUUGGCAGUGAGAAGAGCUGCCUGAAGCGAUAUAGCGCGAGGUUCAGCUUGGAUGCGCGGUUCCUCGAGAGCGACCCGAGGCUCGUUGAGCAGUGUCUGAAGAAUUGUCUCGAGCGAGAAAGGACGAGGACGAAGAGGAUGUCAAUUGGCAAGGAGAUGCUGAGGUUAUGAGUGCUGUUUGCGCGGUGUUCAGUAUUUCAAUGAUAAUGUAUUAAUAACCUCCUGCUCGCUUUGUGGCGAAGCCUUUGCACGUUUAGCAAUAGCAA